AGUGAUGAUGAAAAUAUAUUUAUAUUUACAUGUAAACAAAAUUUGGAAUUGCUACAAAGUGCAGAACACGUUUUUGGGGAUGGGACAUUUUCAUUCGCUCCGAAUAUUUUGUUCAACUUUAUACUAUUCACGUAUUUAAAAACAAUUUUUAUGUUCCUGUGGCGUUUUGUUUUUUAAGUAACAAACAUACUGAUACUUACAUCAAUAUGUGGAAAACAUUACAAAAUAUAUGUAUUCAAAUUACUGGGCAAAAUUGGUUUAGACAUAUUCAACAACAUAAAUUAUUAUCGAGCGAGUACUUAAACAACGACUCAGAAGUUGGCAAAUGGAUGAAAUGUUUUUUUGGAUUAAGUUAUUUACCUCUUGACGAAGUUUCUGAUGGAUUUUGUGAUCUUAUGUCGAUAGCACCAAGUACUACGUCUAGUAAUAUUUCUAUAUUUUCCGAUUAUAUUUUAGAAAAUUACAUUGCAUCGGACAGCAAUUUUCCUCCAACAUUAUGGGCUUGUAAACCUACUAAUAAUCCUAAGACUACUAAUGGUGCAGAGAGUUAUCACAAACAAUAUAACAGUCAGUUUUACUCUGCUCAUCCGCACAUACAUCAAGUAAUCGACGUCAUUAUUGAAAUUCAAAGUGACACUGAUUUAAAAAUUAAUUCAAUAAACAAUAAAAUCAUAAAUUUCAAAAGAAAAGAGAUAAUUAAUAAGGAGAUACAAUUGGAAAACAUUUGGAAUGAAUAUAAAAAUAAUAUUAUUAAUCUUGUGUCUAUGGACUAUACAUCAGAUAAAAACUUCACUGAUGAAGAUGAAAUUAUAAAUCUUGAAAGUCCUGGACCAUCAUCAAUCAAACGAGCAAGAAAGGAAAUUAUAAACCACCGUUUAUCGGCAGCAUUAGAUAAAUGCAAAGUAAGUGACCGAGAUGCUGUAUAUUUACUUACAGCUGCAGCUGAAUCGUUUGAUGUCAAUACUAACUUAACAAGAAAGGACACAAUAGAUCAUCUUCUUGUGAUUAUCACAGCUCUUAAUGUUGAACAAUUAUUAAGAGUUCCACAAUUACCAUCUGGGAAUGGAAAUAAAAUAUGUUCAGCUGUGUAUAAUACUUUAAACGAUUGGUGUCUAUUAGAUCAAGUUGAAGAUUUCAUUGUUCAAGAUUAUAGAAAGCAACACCCGGGAUUUAGUAUUGAAGUUUUAAAAUAA